AUGAGUUUUGCUUUACUCCGUGAACUGGUAAGCGUCGCACAACAGAUUAAAAAAGACCGCAGUAUUCGUGUGGUGAUUCUAACGGGUGAAGCCAAUGUAUUUAGUGCAGGGAUGCAACUUGCAUUGGCUGCAGAUAUUCGUAUUGCACACCCAGAGACUAAAAUGUCAAUCAUGGAAAGCCGUUGGGGGCUUGUGCCUGACAUGGGCUUAACCCGUUCAAUCAAGGGCGUGAUUGGUAUUGAUUUAGCCAAAGAGCUUACCCUCACUGCACGUAUUUUUGAUGGCAAUUAUGCCAAAGACAUUGGUUUGGUGACGCAUGUAGACGACUCACCGUUGGCAAAAGCUCAAGCCAUUGCAGAAGAGAUGCUGCAACGCUCGCCAGAUGCGCUGAUGGCGGCUAAGCGUGUUUUAGAUGCUAUGGAACAUCAACCCCAGAAAUCUUUACGUUUAGAGAAGAUUUGGCAGUUAAAAUUACUCUUGGGGAUGGGAUUAAUGGGUAGCCGUAUGGCAACCCGAUUAAUCCAAGCAGGCUUGCAUGUCGCUGUCUGGAACAGAACAGCAUCUGCUUGUGACGCCCUUAUUGAUCUAGGCGCUCACCCAUUACAGCUUGAGAAUAUUGCAAAAUAUCCGAUUAUUCUCAGCUGCCUUGCUGAUGAUAAAGCUGUACAGCUAGUCUAUGAGCACAUUGAGCCCUAUUUACAAGCCAAGCAAGUGAUUGUGGAUUUCUCCAGUUUAUCUGUGGAUAAAACCAAGCAGCUGGCUGAAAGCGCAACAACAAAACAGGUGAUUUGGAUUGACUCACCUGUUUCAGGGGGAACUGCAGGCGCCGAAAAUGGCACGCUGGUCAUUUUUGCUGGGGGCAAUGCUGAGAAAUUCCUGUGGCUCAACAUGCACUUGGGCAAUUACAAAGCCAUCAAAACAACGGAUUUGCUGAGUCGGAUUUAG